CUGCGGGACUCUCUCUCAAUCGCUCGUACUGGUUUGUUGAAUUUGAUUGGUAAUCGGAAAAAGUGAAUUACGUUGAAUCUCUCAGUGUAUAAAGGUUUUGGAUUGGGGAGGUUGAAGGUUGAAACUUGAAUAAUGGGAGAAGAGCUGCAACAUCAUCAUCAGAAUGGUUCUUCUGCUCAUAACCAGACAACUAAUUAUGGUUAUGGAAGCUCGCUUGCCUACGAUCAAGACAUUGAAUCUGCCGCAACCGCAAGCAAUGCUCUUCUCCGAGAACAAGAAAUUGAAACGCAGAAGAUUAUACAAGGUCAAAGAGAAGCUGGGACUUCAGUAGCUGGUGACUCUCAGCAUAACACUGAUAUUCUUCGAGAUCGUAAUGACCCUAAUGCUCUAAAGGAACAUUUGCUAAAGUUAACUGCAAAUCAUAGAGCAGAAACAGCGGCAAAGCGUGGUGGGAGUGAGAGUACAUGCGGAGAAGGUAAUGUGGAUGUGGGAAACGGUUAUGGUAUACCAGGUGGAGCUGCGUACGCGGGUCACUCUGACUUCAGUGGGAAGCCUGAACCUACUACGGAUGCUUCUUCAAACAAUUUGCCUGAAUAUCUCAAACAAAAAUUGAAGGCUAGGGGAAUUCUCAGAGAAGGUACAGGGGCUGCUACAUCCAACACGCAAGAUGCAUCAGCGGUUAGUUGGAAUAGACAGACGAACUUACCUUUUCCGACAAAUGCAAGCACCUUACCAUUAGGAUGGGUAGAUGCUAAAGAUCCUGCAACUGGUGCUACAUAUUACUAUAACCAACAUACGGGAACAUGCCAAUGGGAAAGGCCUGUUGAGUUAUCUUCCACCACGCCAUCUUUGCCUCCUAAAGAAGAUUGGAUUGAAACACUUGAUGAAACCUCUGGCCAUAAGUAUUACUACAAUACAAGGACACAUGUGUCGCAGUGGGAACCUCCAAGUUCUUUACAGAAGCCUGCUUCCACAAACUCUAACAACGCUGUCACGCAAAGUACUGUUAGUGGGAAGGGCGAGCAUCAUCCAGAUCAGCUGCCAAGAUGCUAUGGAUGUGGGGGAUGGGGAGUGGGCCUUGUCCAGAGAUGGGGUCACUGUAUCCACUGUACCAGAGUUUUGAAUCUCCCAGAACGUCAGUACUUGCCAGCAAGUUUAAACAAUUUCACAAAUGCAGGAGAUUCUGCCCAAAAGAAUCCGAAUCAGAGGUCCAGUUCAAAACCUCCUAUGAAAAAGGGAUUAGGCAAAAAACGUGCUCAUGCCGAUGAUGAUGAGGUGGAUCCAAUGGACCCAAGCUCUUACUCAGAUGCUCCGCGGGGUGGCUGGGUUGUUGGACUGAAAGGAGUACAACCGCGAGCUGCUGAUACAACUGCCACGGGUCCUCUGUUUCAACAACGACCGUAUCCGUCACCUGGAGCAGUUCUGAGGAGAAACGCAGAGGUGGCAUCAUCCCAGAAGAAGAAACCAAACUCUCAGUUCACGGAAAUCACAAAGAGAGGCGAUGGAAGUGAUGGUCUUGGGGAUGCAGAUUGAGAGAGCUCGACUCAUCUUAUAUAAGAUAGAUCCCAUGUCUUCUACUGUUUUGUCUGUUGCUUUCUCUAUAUAUGAUAUUGAAAGUAGGCUGUUUACUAGUUAAUGAACACGAUCGAGCUGUAAUCUGAUGUAUUUAAGCACCGGGGUUCAGUGGUGUUUUGUAUACAUAUAAUCACCAUCAGUUACUUCAGUAUCUUCCAUCUUCAACAAUAUCCAGAAACAUUCUCCUAA